AUGUCGCAGCGACACGAAUUCGCCCCUCCGCCUAUGUCUGUACCUCAAUCCUCAAUUAGCCCACCACCGAACGGACAGGGCUAUUCCAGUGCAGAAUAUCCAACUCCCCCAUCGGCCAGUUCGACACAGGGUGAUCCGAUUGCCAAGCAAAAUGAGGCAGCAUUCCUUUACAACCAGUCCAUUGGCCAAGCAGUAACGAUGGAGAAGAUGCCCGGAGGGGCACCAGCAUAUGGACAGUUUGUCGGAGCACACUCGAUUAAUCAGGACGAUGUUGGAGUAUUCAAUGGAGGCAGCUACAGAAUCAGCCACCGAGAUACCAACUCACUUUUGACCCUGCAAUUGGCAGUGGGUUGCCCUUUGACUGCCAAGCCAGUUGUCCAAUGUGUCGCUUCCAUUGGCUCCUUGAGGUCUAAGCAAGCUUACUUUGUCACAGGUGCAAUGAUUGCAAUGUCGCCAACAAUAACGCUAAGAGGAAGCUUCUCUUUCUCAAUGAAGAAACUCUUCGUUGGUGGUAGCAUGACUACGUCACACUACACUGGUCCUGGGGAGGUACUUCUAGCGCCCCCUAUGCUGGGAGAUAUUAUUGUCCUCCCGAUCAACACGGGAGAGGCAUGGCACGCAGGAAGGGAUUCCUUCCUAGCUCACACUUCUGGUGUUGAACAUGAUGACAAGCCCCAGAGUUUGACUAAAGGGGUCUUCUCCGGAGAAGGAUUCUUCAUCUACGAAUUCACCGGCGAUGGUUUGCUCUGGAUGCAAAGUUUUGGAGCAAUCAUCAAGAAAGAUCUUAAAGAGGGGGAAUCUUACUUCGUCGACAAUGGUCACCUUGUUGCAUGGAAAUGCGAGUACGAUAUUCAGCGACCUGCCUCUGGUGGCCUCUUCUCUACUUUCAGUUCUCGCGAAGGACUAGCUUGCAAAUUCAAAGGCCCGGGAACCGUAUACCUGCAAACCAGAAACCUCAAGGCCUUCGCUGCCCAGAUGAAGGUCACCAGCUCCUAUUUGCGAUCCUAG